UAUAAUGCGGGGUUUGUGUGUUGUUUCCUCGCAGUGUGCCAGGGCAUCACCAACAAGUUCAACCUGCUGGGCUCCAGGGACGACCACUACGUGAACAUGGUGAAGACGUACAGCAACUGCAACGUGGUGCUGGAGAACCUGGAGGUCACGUACAUGGAGGAGCACCACGACCUGUCCUUCCUACGGUCCAUUCAGGAGGUGGGGGGCUACGUGCUCAUCGCCCUGAACACGGCGAAACGAAUCCCCCUGGACAACCUGCGCAUCAUCCGGGGCCACUCGCUGUACGAGGGCAGCUACGCGCUAGCCGUGCUGCUUAACUUCAACAAGACCAUCGGCCCACAGGGCGUGGGCACCCAGGAGCUGCCCCUGAUCAGCCUCAAGGAAAUCCUCAAGGGAGGCGUGCACUUCGCCAGCAACCAGCUGUGCAACAUGGAGACGAUCCAGUGGAAGGACAUCGUGAACUACGACAACAAGCCCAGGAUGGUGCUGCCCGCGGCCAGCAAGAACAAGAACUGUAAAAAGUGCCACUCCAGCUGCUAUAACGGCUCCUGUUGGGCCCCUGGUCCUGACCACUGUCAGAUCCUGACCAAGUUGAACUGCGCGCAGCAGUGCACCCGGAGGUGCAACGGGACCUCCCCCAGCAACUGCUGCAACGACCACUGCGCUGCGGGCUGCACCGGGCCCAAGGCCACCGACUGUCUGGCUUGCUUGCACUUCCAGGACGACGGGACCUGCAAGGACUCGUGUCCGGGCCUCCUGACCUACGAGCCCAACCUCCAAGAACUGGUGCCCAACCCCAACGGGAAGUACAACUUUGGGGCCACCUGUGUCAAGAAUUGCCCCCAUAACUUUGUGGUGACUGACCACGGAUCGUGCGUGCGCACCUGCACCGGCAACACCUACGAGGUGGACGAGGGAGGGGUCCGGAAGUGCACCAAGUGUGACGGACCUUGUCCGAAAGUGUGCAAUGGACUCGGGGUGGGAAAUCUUGAUCACAUCAUCUCCAUCAACGCCUCCAACAUCGACUCUUUCAGAAACUGCACCAAGAUCAAUGGCAACAUCCAGUUCAUCCACACGUCUAUUUAUGGCGAUAAAUUCACCAAAACACCCAAAAUGGACCCUGCUCAGCUCAAUGUGUUCAAAACAGUGAGAGAAAUCACCGGGUUUUUAUGGAUCCAAACGUGGCCAGAGAACAUGACAUCACUCAGCCCCUUUGAGAACCUGGAGAUCAUCAGGGGGCGGACCAAGCGGAUGAGCCGUAGCCUGGUGAUCGCCAAGGUGGGCAUCUCUCACCUGGGCCUCCGCUCCCUGAAAGAGAUCAGCGACGGAGACGUGGAAAUCUCCAAAAACCCGAACCUGUGCUACACCCUCGUGGGCCACUGGAAGAGGCUCUUCAAGUCAAACAAGCAGACCGCCAAAGUGGAAGAAAACCUAGCCACAGCCAACUGUACUCAGCAGAACAACAUUUGCGACGUAAAGUGCACGGAGGAGGGCUGCUGGGGCCCGGGGGCCAACAUGUGCUUCGCCUGUCGGAACUACACCCGCCACGGGAGCUGUGUGGACGCCUGCAACAUCCUGGAGGGAGACCCACGGGAAGCUGUUGUCAAUUCAACGUGCUUGAAGUGCCACUCUGAAUGUCAAGCUCUCAACGGAACUGCGUCCUGCAGUGCUCCAGGUCCUGGAAACUGCACCAAGUGUGCCCACCUCCAGGACGGCCUGUUCUGCGUGUCCCGUUGUCCCCAGGACUUGCCGGGGAAGGACGAGAGGCGCAUCUGGAAGUACGCAGACCACAGGAAGAUCUGCCAGCUGUGCCACGAAAACUGUACCCAGGGAUGCUAUGCCCCUGGACGGAAUGGCUGUCUACCCAAACGCCAAUCAGGGCUGUCCAUAAUCGCAGCCGGCGUGGUCGGAGGCCUCCUGGCCGUGGUGGUCGCGGCGCUGUCCGUCUUUGUGUUGCUACGGCGACGCCACAUCAAGAGAAAGCGGACCACGCGGAGAAUCCUCCAGGAGAGAGAGCUGGUGGAGCCACUGACGCCCAGCGGGGAGGCACCCAACCAGGCCCUGCUGAGGAUCCUCAAGGAGACCGAGUUCAAGAAGAUCAGGGUGCUGGGCUCCGGGGCCUUCGGCACCGUCUACAAGGGCCUUUGGGUUCCAGAAGGGGAGGACGUGAAGAUCCCUGUUGCCAUCAAGGUCUUAAGAGAGGCCACGUCACCCAAGGCAAACAAGGAGAUCAUGGAUGAGGCGUACGUGAUGGCCAGCGUGGACCACCCCCAUGUGUGCCGUCUGCUGGGGAUAUGCCUGACCUCCACGGCGCAGCUGGUCACUCAGCUCAUGCACUACGGCUGCCUGCUGGAUUACGUGAAGGAGAACAAGGACCACAUCGGCUCACAGUACCUGCUCAACUGGUGUGUUCAGAUCGCCAAGGGGAUGAACUACCUAGAGGAGCGCCACCUGGUGCAUCGAGACCUGGCCGCGCGCAACGUCCUGGUGAAGACGCCGCAGCACGUCAAGAUCACCGACUUCGGCCUGGCGAAGCUCCUCAACGCCGACGAGAAGGAGUACCACGCGGACGGGGGGAAGGUCCCUAUAAAGUGGAUGGCGCUGGAAUCCAUUCUGAACAGGACCUACACGCAUCAGAGUGAUGUAUGGAGCUACGGUGUGACCGUUUGGGAGCUCAUGACGUUCGGGACGAAGCCCUACGACGGCAUUCCCGCCAGUGAAAUCGCCGGGGUCCUGGAGAAAGGAGAGCGUCUACCCCAGCCCCCCAUUUGCACCAUAGACGUCUACAUGAUCAUGGUCAAAUGCUGGAUGAUUGAUGCAGACAGCCGACCGCGUUUCCGGGAACUCAUGUCAGAGUUCUCCAAGAUGGCACGGGAUCCCUCGCGUUACCUUGUCAUUCAGGGCGACGACAGAAUGCACUUGCCAAGCCCCACGGAAGGCCGCUUAUACCGCAGCCUGAUCAGCGGCGAGGAGAUGGACGACGCGGUGGACGCAGACGAGUACCUGCUGCCCCAGCAGGGCUUCUUCACCAGCCCCAGCACCUCACGCACCCCCCUGUUGCACUCCCUGAGCCUCAACAGCAGCAUCGGGACGUGUCACAGCAGAAACGGCUUCGUGAAUGGCUUCCCCGGCAGAGAGGGCAGCCUGGUCCUACGUUAUAUCCCUGACCCCACAGACAAGUUCCUGGACCAGGACUUCCAGCCCGCUCCAGACUACAUGAACCAGAACGGCGUGUCGGACGUGAUGAACCCCAACUACCAGCAGCCCGGGCCCCCCCGCAGCCUCCGGCCCCCCGUCUCCUCCUCCUCCUCCUCCGACGACACCGAGACCGAGUACCUCAACUGCUUCAAGGAGGGCGCCCAGGGGCCCGAGUACCUCAACGAGGUCCGCCGCCCCCCCCAGGCCCCGGCCCCCCGGGGUCAUCCCCGCCCGCAGGCCCCGGCCGCAGUCCUUUCGCCGAGCCCCAAGGGGCCGCUGCGCCCUGGGCAGAAGCACCGGCAGCAGAACAGCAUGGACAACCCCGACUACCAGCAGGACUUCACGCCCACCUUCAAGACCCACGCCAACGGACACAUCCCAUUGGUCGAGAACACAGAGUACCUGGGCCCCGACUGAGAGGCAGUCGUGGGGGGGAGGAAAAGAGACUUAAAAGAGACACCUUCUUCCAAGGUGGAAGGAAAGACGUUGUUUGUUUCCCCCCUAUUUUCCUUUAUAAAGAGAUGUUUAUGUCUCUCUCUCUCUCUCUAUAUAUAUAUGUUUCACCCCGUGGUGGCCAGUGGCACAGCUUCCAAUGUAGCCUGCAUGCGGUCAGAGCUGUACUUCAGUCACGCAAAAGCUUGCCACGUGCCCCAAGAGACUGGAAAGGGGAACUAGACAAAAAGCUGCAGGACGCAGCAUCCUCAUGCAACCGGAGGGGUGGAGCGGCGUUGAGAAGAGGCCAGCUCACCGCACGCACCACCAAGUGUCGUAGCUCACCUCGGUGUGUCCGCAGUGGCGGGAAUCCUGGCGGCGUGGACUGACCGCUGUGGUCUUGAGUGUAUCGGUGGUAGAGAAACACACGAUAGGAACUGCUGCGAUGAGACGCUGUCACAUUGAAGGGCAAACGACAGCGUUUUUUGGUCAAGGGAAAGGGAGGGGCGUGGCAGCUAAUCCAAAUAAAACAUCUGAAGGUGCAUACGUGUUGUCGGGAUUAGAAGCAUCACAACUAAAACAAGUGAAUCAACCAUUUGGAGGUGGUUUAUAUGCAAAAGGGAAGGGACAGCUUUUAUUUUUGAACUGUUUGAAACAGUUGAAGCUGGAAUGAGAUGUGAAUAGUUUGAACGUAUCCUGUCUUUGUAGGACGGUGAGGAGUGAAACCCUUAUUUUGAGAGACUCGGACGACGCACUUCUUGAAGUGGGAAGAAUGGUGAAAGAAUAAGAUACAAUUUUAUGAGGCAUUUCCUUUUGAAAGGGAACCCUCCCAAAUACGGGCUUUGAUCAGUGUCUGCCUGGCUUCAAUUGCUGAAAAUAAAUAGAUUUUACCAAUAUGAACACGUUGCAUAGUAUAGAAAGACAAUGUAAAUUAAUGUAUGUAUAGACAAUAUGGUCUAUUAUUAA